AUGCAGAAAGCCGCCGUCGUUGAGACCGCGGACCAAGACCAAGCCCUGGGUACUUCUGCCGUCGAAAAAAAGAUUCUGGAAAGGAUUCAAAAAUGCCUCGAUCGAGCGCAUCACGCCAACUCGUCCGAAUUGGAAGCAAAGGCUGCCCUAUUUGUCUCCCAAAAACUUAUGAGCCAACACAAUGUGACACAAGCGGAUCUUCUGGCCAGCGACAGAAGCAACAGUAAGGCUUCGUUUGGCGGACACAGCAAGGUCCGUAUCAUAAAAACAAAUGGCUCUGAUAAGAGGGUCAUGAUGGAAGCUUUUGCCGGCAAACUAGCCAAUGCAAUGUGUACUUUCUUCGACUGCAAGUGCUAUUCAACAUACUGCGGCGACUGUGUGGAAUGGAGCUUCUUUGGAAUCGCUAGCAACACAGUUGCCGCAGCGAUGUCCUUUGAGAUGGCGCAUAAUAGGAUCCUAAACUGGGCGUGCGCUUACAAAGGUGGCAAGCCCACAUUCAGUUAUCGUAUCGGUGUGGCCGACGGGCUUGCCGCGAUGGCUAAUCGCGAAAAACAAAGAGAGCUGGAUCAAGCUCGGCGCAAGGAAUUGGAUAUUUUGGCAUCUCAAGAGCACGACGAAGCGGAGAAUCGCCGGCGAGAGAUCGAGAGGCUCCGGCUUCGCCCCGCCCGUUAUGCCGAUCCCCUCAGUGCAAUUGGUUAUGGUGAUGAAAUCCUCGACCAAACAAAUAUCAAGACCGAGCUCGAUACAAGUUCGUGCGACGAGGGUGAUGACGUAAACUCCAACACCAAGGCUGACUUUGAUAUGGACGAUAUAAAGAUAACAGACCUCUGUGACAAUGUGGAUGAGACGAUCGACAUGUAUGUGAAGCGAGAGCCCACAGAGCCGCCGAACCCAACCGAGAUGCCUCUCUUCAACAUGGACUCAAAGGCUCACAUUGACACCAAAAGCGGGGCUCCACCGGCAACGGAAGCAUCUCCUUGGGAAACGGGCGCUCAGCUUAUUCGGUUCCGAGUAACGGCGGAACAGGUGGCGGAGGAUUAUCUGAAAGAGAAAAAGAUAAAGCUGUCUCAAGGGAGACAGCGAUACUAUAUGAUUCGAGACUUUGAUGCGUACCGUCAAGGUCAGGCGGACAGCGCAAUGAUUGAGAUCAAUCGGCAGACACGACGUUAA